AUGAAUCGAGGCGCUGCCUCGCACGCCAGCGCCCACGCCUCCUCCGGCCCUCCCGACAACGCCGCCGCCGUUGCCCUCCGAGGCGCCUCCCUCGCCUUCCACAAGAAACCUGCCGUCGCCUCGCCCUCCCCCUCCGCCUUGUCGCUGUCGCUAUCCUCGCCCUCUCCGCCGCCCACCAGGGCCAAAGGCGAUGGCGCUCUCACCGCCGCCUUAUCUGUCGCCAGUGGAGCCAAGCAUCGAUCCCCAUCGCGAACCGCCGUCAACCCGCACUCGCCAGAGAGCGCCAGCAGCAGCAGCAGCAGCAGCACGCCCGACAUGAUGUCGCCGACAUUGCAGACGGGGCUCGUGGCCGCCCGCCUCCAGCAGCUUCAUCCUGCUUCCGCAAAGCUCGACCCCAAGAACCCCAGCUUCAUCGCCGCAACGUUGGCCGCCAGUCGUAGCGUCAGUCCCAACCCCAAGAGCUCGACUCGGCGCCGCAAGAACAGCCACGACCUUGCCGUCGACGCUGGGCCCAUUGCCCCGACCGGGACUCUGAUCUCCCUCUUCGACAAGCCAACGCCUUCAGGGGCCGACUCGACACCCUACGACACCCAACAGGCCCAGCGCACGGCCGUCCACAGGUUCAUGGCCGCUCCGCCAAGGUCGCUGCCGAAGCCGCCCACGCCCCCUCCUCCGGUCGGCUCAAUCUCCAGGCCGCGCCCACCGACCAACUCCCCGCCUCCAACCCGUCCCCCGAAGCCGCGACCCGCCAAGCCCCCCGUCAAACCCCUCGUAACACGGCCGCCUACCCCUCCCCCCGUCCGCCGAUCCAUGCCAGAGCCGUCUCCUCGCACCGACGCACAAACCCUAGCUCCUCGUCCCUCCUCAUCGCCCUCGCCAGACCCGCAAAAGCGCAGUCUUGGGUCGAAGCAGGAGCAGCAGCUCCCCCCUUUGAAGCCCCGCGUCAGCCAAAGACUUGUGGCGAGCCAGCCCCUGGACUCCCUCGCCAAUGCCAUCAUGGCCGGCUCGCUCGCCUCGAGCCGCCUGACGCCGCAGAGCACGGGCGCUUCCCUUUCUUCGCCAGUCGGCCUGCCGCCGUCCGGGCAUGUCAACCGCCAAAGAUCACCACGUAUGCUGCAGACUCUUCGCCAGCCACCUGCCUCUGUCGCGGAGGAGUUUGACCAUCCAAAGAAGGGGCGUCGUCACAAGCUGCGCAAGGGCAAGCACGCCCAUCAUGAAGGAUCACGCAAGAGGUGGCGCGAGGAAAUGACGGCCAGGGAACGAAAGCGGUACGAAGCCGUGUGGGCGUCCAAUCGGGGCUGGCUCCUCGAACAAGCCGGCGCGGCGAGCGGCUCGGAAAGCCGAGACGUCUCGGAAUGCGUGGCCAACGUCGCGGUGCGCGAGCUCUGGAGACGAUCACGGCUGCCGGAAGACGAGCUGGCCGAGGCCUGGGACCUGGUGGAUCGUAGCAAGCAGGGCAUGCUCACGCGACCCGAGUUUGUGGUGGGCAUGUGGCUCAUUGAUCAGAGGCUGCGCGGCAGGAAGCUCCCGCACAAGGUCUCGGACAGCUUAUGGGGAAGCGCCCACGGCCUGACGGUGAUGAAGCCCAAGGUCAGGCAUACAUGA